CGGACGAGGCUGGCGCAGCAGCAGGACGGCUGCUGCUGCUCGCCAACGUGACACAGAAAAUUCGCGCAGCUCCAGGUCCAAGACUGGAUCCCUGCAGCUCAUCUGCAAGUCAGAACCAAACACAGAUCAGCUUGAGUAUGCAGUGAUGAAGAGGAGGAGAUGCUGAUCAGUGAAGAAGAGAUUCCCUUCAAAGAUGACCCAAGAGACGAAACCUACAAGCCCCACUUAGAAAGGGACACUCCAAAGCCAAGGAGGAAAGCUGGCAAGGGGAAGGAAGAAAAAGAGAAACAGAAGGAGAUUAAAGUGGAGGUGGAGGUGAAAGAAGAAAGUGAGUUUCGGGGAGAUGAGGAGCCACCCAGGAAGAGGGGAAGGAGGAGAAAAGAUGACAAGAGCCCACGGCUGCCUAAAAGAAGGAAGAAGCCUCCAAUACAGUAUGUACGCUGUGAGAUGGAAGGCUGUGGCACAGUCCUCGCCCACCCUCGCUAUUUGCAGCAUCACAUCAAAUACCAGCAUCUGCUGAAGAAGAAAUAUGUGUGUCCCCAUCCCUCCUGUGGACGGCUCUUCCGGCUCCAGAAGCAGCUGCUACGGCAUGCCAAACACCACACAGAUCAAAGGGAUUAUAUCUGUGAAUACUGUGCCCGGGCAUUUAAGAGUUCCCACAACUUGGCAGUGCACCGAAUGAUCCACACAGGCGAGAAGCCUUUACAGUGUGAGAUCUGCGGCUUCACCUGCCGGCAGAAGGCCUCUCUGAACUGGCACAUGAAAAAGCAUGACGCAGACUCUUUCUACCAGUUCUCCUGCAACAUUUGUGGCAAGAAGUUUGAGAAGAAGGACAGCGUGGUGGCACAUAAGGCCAAGAGCCACCCAGAGGUGCUUAUUGCUGAAGCACUAGCUGCCAAUGCAGGCGCCCUAAUCACCAGCACCGACAUCCUGGGCACUAGUCCAGAGUCCAUUGCCCCACCCACCGAUGGCCAGGGCCUUCCCCUCCUCCCUGACCCCCUGGGAAGCACUGCCCCUGGCGAGUGCCUACUGCUGAACCCUGACGGGAUGCCAAAGGCGUACUGCAGUGGGGCUGAGCGCAUGAGCCUGAUGGCCGAUGGCAAGCUCUUCGUUGGCGGCGGUAGCAGCGGGAGCACGGAAGGGCUGGUCAUGAACACGGAGAUUCUGGGAGCCACCACAGAGGUUCUGAUUGAAGAUUCUGACUCUACCGGACCUUAGCAGGCAGGGAGCACGUGGUUGUUGGGACAGCUCGGACUUUGUAUUUAAAAGAGAAAAAUGGAGAAACUUAUUAAAAAAGAGAGAAGUUAAACAAAUUUAAAAUACUAGUAAAUAAACGAAGGGCCUGCUCCCCUCCAGUGUGGAUCACAGCACCCCCCGCUUCCUGACCCCUUCUCUGUCCUACUGCCCCUUUUCAGAAAGGGGAUGCUGCAGUUACUAGAGCGAGACAGAGCAAAGGAAUUCUCCGAGUGAAGGGAAGCAGCCAGAGGCCCUCACUCACCCCAAACCCAGGCGCCUUCCCUGCUCCUCAACAAAUCCCUGUUUGCAAACUUGAAAGAGUUUGGGCUCUGGACCAGCUUCUCGUUCUUAAGACUCUCUCUGCCCAACGUCUAUGCAUUGCUGCAUUCUGCUCCUUGCAGUCUUGUCUUCUUCCUCCUGGGUCUGGGAGUUUGGCUUGGCACUUUAGGGCCCCUCAGCAGGGUGAGCUGUAAAACAGCACCUGUCCCCCCUCUCGCACCCUUCCCCUCUGUCACUGAUGGGAAGUAGAGGGCACGCCCCGGCGCUCAGAUGGUGCUCGCUUGCUGAGAUGCUGGGGCUUGGCUCUGUACGAGAGCCCUGUGUGGGAGAGGCAGUGAGAAGGCUCCGAUUGGUGACAGUCAUUUGCACUUUGAACAUGUUUCGUUUUUGUGUGGUGGUAACAAAAGUCCUUAUUUAUUGAUCAGAGGGUCUGGUGUUUUUAAUGACAUUUGCGGGGGGUUGGCUCCUUGACAUCAGUGGAACUCCUCGGGGUUAGCCGUGCUGGAGCAGCAGCUGCUAGGACUGAUCCCCACCACAAAGAGAAUCAGGGUGAAGAAAGCACUACGGAGGCUGAGGAGCUGUUUGUAAACAGGGCAGUGUGACAGGCCCCAUGGGAGGAACUCCAUUUGCAUUGUGGAGUUUUGGAGCAAUUGUUUGCUUUGGGGUGGGGUAGGCAGUGGGGGAUGGGUAGCUUAGUUUAGGGCUCUGAACUGCAGAAACAACUUUAUAUAGCGUUCUCUCUCCCUCCCCAGUUUAUUCCAAGCUCCUUGCAUUAACCCUUUUUUUUCUCACUGAUUCAUCCUCACUCCCUGCCAUUGGAAGGAUUAGCACUGAUAGCCAAGGAACUUGUUCCAGUCUUGUGACAGAUGUAUAACUAAGUGGCGCAGGAUAUCACGUUCCCCAUCCAAUUCUGCCUCUCCUUUCCUGAAAGAGAGACAGCUAUGGGGGGGAAGAGACUGGGCUCAUGAUUUGAAUAGAGGCAGGCAGACUGACUGACAUCUGGUUGCGGAAAUGGCAACUUCUCUCCCUGCACGGACACCCCUGGGGACAGAGCAUGGGGUGUGUUCCCCCUACACAUGCUCCUUACAAGGCCAGCUUUCGCAAACGUUCCUAGUUUCUGUGAGACAUGGUGUGGUUUUGCCUGAGAGCGAGAGAUGGGCAUGCAUAGCUUUGUAAUUAAGACACCUCAGAAAGGUUUAGGACAUAAUGUAUCUUAAGUCUUGAGCGCAGAUCUUUGCUCUGUCCAUUGUCAGAAACUUCAUGCAGUGACCUUACCUUUGUUUGCUUUUUGGAAAAAGCGAGGAAUAAUCUGUUUGCUCGUGUCCAUGUGGUUCAGGAGGCAGUUACAAUACCCUGUUUAAACACCGAGCCAGCAAAACUUGUUUGUUGUAGAGCUGGUUGGAAAAUGGAAUUUUUCUGCAGAAAAGUUUGACAAACUAGAAGAAUGUCAUUUUCAUUGGAAAUUUACUGCAGAAUGUUUUAACGUUUUCUAAAAACUGGAAACAGGCUGACGGCUGAAAUCUUUUGGGAAAAUCACAGCAAAAUGUCUUGUUUCUGGUCAGGUCGACCCACAUUUGUCAAACAUAUUGUGAAACAAUUCACUUCAGUUUGGAUCAGUUCAACAUUAAACUGUGUUUACCUGAGCUGCUGCAGGUCACCCUAUGGGGUGGGCUCCCUGGUCAGACUGCAUCUCCCAGGAUGCACCAUGUUCUUCCCUCUUUCUGAUAGAUUGGUUGUCUCGUGUAGUCAGAUGGUUGUGGUGCAUCAUGGGAGAUGUAGUCCAGCUGAGAACAUAAGAAUGGAAUGGGGGCUUAAGGCAUUGGAGCUACAAUUCCCAGCAGCAGCAGCUCAGGAAGAUGUGCUUUAAUGUUGAAAUGAGACACAACUAACUUUCAUUUGGAAUGUUGAAAUGUCUCGUUUCAGUUACAAACAUCAAAACCGGUUUAACAUUUCCAAAUGGAAGAUUUUGGCUUUGGGGCAGGAAGCUGAAAUGUUCUGCAGAUAAUUGAAUUAAAUAAAAUUUGCUCAAAACCAGUUUUGAUGGAAAGCUUUCAACUAGCCCUAGAUAUGUGGUUUUGCUGGCCAGGACGACUGUGGCCAUCUCCUGACACCUGUGUUUAAAACUCUUCUAGUCUAGGUCCUGACUUUGCAUGAUUAAAAGCUAUUGUGGUGCAGGUUCGUUUUGGCUGGCUGGUCAGCCAGCCAAACGCUGCUACAGACCAGUUCUGUGGGAGCUCUGUGGAAACCCUCCGUCAUGUGGUUUGAAGUCUGAUGCAGACCGGGCCUUCCAGGGAACACUAAAAGGAGAACUUUGCCUUAUCAAUUUCCUUUUAUUUCUAAGGAUGGCACUAAAAUGCUAUUGGGUGGAAAUCUCACUCUGGGGUGGUGCAAUAGCGAGACUGCCCCAUGACUUGCCUGCAGAGUGAUGCAGCCCAGUCACCUCGCCUGGGAAAUAAGGAUGUGGGCUGUUCAACUUCUCCAGUAGAGGGAAAGUUUCUCCCAUUUCCAGCAGGCAGCAAUGAGUGGGUAAUUCGGCUCUGAAGUCCUUCCUAUCCCUGUCACUUCCUUGCCGUCAUCCCACACACUCUUCUGGUUUAACCUUCCUUCCUCCCUCCCCCCUUUGGUCUCAUCCAAUUGUUUCUGUCCUUAAACACAGCCUUCUAACCUCCAGGGCAGGAGAGACCUGUGUAACUUCCAGCCUCGGGUUUAAAAAACUAAAACUGACACUCAAUGCCUUCCUGCUGCUUCUCCCCCUCCGUGUCUCUCCCACCACUCGCAUGCAGUUUGCUUCAAUAAAUUAUUGUAGUAGUUUGCAAUAAACAUUUUUGUAUUUUUUUUC